AAGCUGAAACAUUCUUCACGAACAUAUUAGCACUCUGUCAUGUGAAAAUGCUGACAAUUGAUACUUGUGUGUAUUUUCAGAGAAGUACUUUUUCUGGAAUGGGAACGACCUUACAGCAAGACGAAACGUCUUUUCCAAACUCCUCAUAUCACGAUGCCUAUUUUAGAAAUGAAUCUAACAUUGAGCAUAUUUCAUAUGAAACUACUCAGCAAGAGGAAUUCCUGAAUUCUAUUUUUGUUCAUGACGAUUAUAUUAACAAUGAACAAAAUAUAAAUACCUUCUACAAUACUUUCACCCAAUCGGAGUCAUUGAGAAAGGUAUACCGUGAAAGUAGUGAUACGGAUGCAGAGGCCGUCUCCGAACAGGGUGAUAAUAUUAUGAAUAUUUCAACAGUGUUUAAUAGAUAUCUUAACUUAGAUGAAUACCAUUCAUCAAAAGGGUUUGAUUCUGAAUUAUCAGACGUGGAUAUCAAGGAAGGUGUAGGUAUGCCAUCUUCCGUCCAUGAAACAAACCAAGAGAAAAAGAAGAAGAAAAAGAAGAGCAUAUUUUCUUUGUUCUAAUCAUCACAGAGGAAGGUUUCAAACAAUGCAGUAUUCCAU